AUGGCUUCCACCAACAACAUUCAAGGGGAUGAGCCGCCAAGAUCUACUGCAUUAGAGAGGCAGGUCCAAACUCUCAUGGCAGCAGUAGAACGUCUCACAAAACAGAACCAUGAUUUGGAGGAGCAGUUACGCCAAAGGGACGCAAGACAUAACGUUCAGGAGGAAAACCAAGAAGGUACCAGUGCUGAACGAAGGGACCAAGAGAAGCCAGAGGGCAGAAACGCCCCAAGCAGACUAGAGCGGCAAAACAUGAGCCUUCCAUCCCUCAUGGAUUCGGCCCUUCCACCUAUUGUCGCAGAGAUGCAGGCAAUGAAGGAACAGAUGGAGGUCAUGAUGAAUGUCCUCAAGGGACGAGUGUCCAAUGAUCUUGAUGACCUAGUAAACAGAACCGACUCACCGUUCACUACCUCCGUAAACUCAUUCCCCCUGCCACAAAAGUUUCGCAUGCCCCAGAUUGAAAGCUACGACGGGGUCAAGGAUCCCCUCGAUCAUCUAGAGACUUUCAAGACCCUAAUGCACCUUCAAGGGGUACCAGACGAGAUCAUGUGUAGGGUCUUCCUGACGAUGCUGAAGGGCCCUGUGAGAAUUUGGUUCAGUAGAUUAACGCCAAGCUCCAUCAAUACUUUCAAGGAAUUGAGCGCCCAGUUCACCUCGUACUUUAUUGGGGGACAUAGGUACAAAAGGUCUAUUGUGUGCUUAAUGAGCAUCAAGCAGCGAGAAGACGAGACACUGCGGUCCUAUAUAACUCGUUUCAACAAGGAGGCCCUUUCAAUUGACGAAGCGGAUGAUAAGAUACUUGUAGCUGCAUUCACUAAUGGAUUGCGGAAGGGUAAGUUUUUGUUUUCUUUAUACAAAAAUGACCCGAAGACCAUGACGGACGUACUUUAUAGAGCCACCAAAUACAUGAAUGCAGAAGAUGCGUUGUUGGCCAGCGAUGAGAAGCCCAGGACGAGGGAAAGACAGGAGGACACACGACAGGAUAGGAGGCGAAAGAUUGCUAGAAUCGGAGAUCAACGAGAUGAAAGGCACCCUAGACCCCCCACUGGGAAGUUCACCAACUUCACCCCAUUAACCGCCCCGAUAGAUCAAGUCUUAAUGCAGAUCGAGGAAGAAGGAGCACUGACGUUCCCUGGUAAACUAAAGGGAGACCCCAACAAGAGGUCAAGGGAUAAGUAUUGCCGCUUCCACCGUGACCACGGGCACGACACAGCCAACUGCUACGAUCUAAAGCAGCAGAUUGAGGCCCUUAUUAGACAAGGUAAGCUACAGAGGUUUGUAAGCAAGGAAAGAACCGAUCUGCCCCAGGAGCAGGCCCCACGAAGGGAGAAUGAGCACCCUAAACCACCUAUGGGGACAUAA